ACCCAGAAAAACUUCGCUAUAUCCGUGAAUUCGCUAUCAAACCUGUUCGGAUUGGCUAACAUCUUUGAUAUAAAUAAAAAAAAGAUGACUCGGAUAUUUUACAAGUUUGAAUAAAUAGUCUAUAAGAUAUGAAUUCUUUUGUCUUAAACAAUGAAAUAUGUUCAAAUCAGAUGGGAAUGCACUAUAUCUUUAUUUAGACCUUCCAACCCGAGAGGUGAAGAGACUUAGAAUGCAUUGAAAAUAAACAUCCAUUUAGAUAAAGAUUUUUCGACAUGUGUUGACCUGACCAGCUUCAUUCUUGCUGUUUUGCUGGACUGAAACAUUAAUGAUGUAUUCGAAAUUGGUGAAUUGUUAUGUAACAUGUAAUGCAUAAUGUGAUAGACAUCGAGACCUUUGCUCUUGCAUGUUUGGGUGUUUAUAAUAUGUUUCUAUUAAUACCAUCCAAUUGUGAGUUGCAAACCGUGAGAAUUUUCCAAGGUCGAGUUAUCAGAAUUUUACUGAACUAAUCACAUUAAUUGACCAAAAAGUCUUAACUAAAUCUAGUACAGUUGUUAAACGCCAUGACGUUAGGCAGCAACAGAUCGUUUUUUGUGAGAUGCAAACUAUGAUCCAUCAUUUAAAAUACUAUUGGCUCAUUAUCAAUACCUUACAACUUGCUUAUAUAUCUGCUUUUAAGGAUUAAUAUGCACAUUCAUAUGUGUAUAUAUUCAUGAAAGUAAAUUUCACGCGUAAUUCCACGAUGAUAUGGAAGAAGAACGUUUUUUUCCACCCUCUGAAAAAUGGCAGAAAAAAUUAUGUACUCAGUUUUCAAUUGAGCACAAAUUAACACCGGAUUUAUAUCAAAGUAAGGAAGAGCCAUUAGGUACACCAACCAGUUUUCGUCAAGUCCAAGGAGAUGGAAAUUGUUUAUUUCGUGCCCUUGCUUAUGCCAUCUCGGGCGAUGAGGAGAAUCAAAGAAAUUUCAGAUCGCUAAUCGUGUCUCAUUUGCCUGAGAGUGAAUCGUGGGUUUUACAAAAUGAAACGGCAGACAAAUAUCUUGAACGAACUAAAAUGUCGGAAGAUAAAAAAUGGGGUACUGAGGUGGAACUUUAUACAGCUGCAUCUCUGUUUAGAACUCGGAUAUUUGUAUAUUCAAAAUAUGGACCAUAUUACAAAUGGCUAGUAUUUAAACCCUUGAAUGACAAAACUAUCUAUACGCAUGAUUCCAUCUAUCUGUACCACAGAAGCGAGUGUCAUUAUGACGUCGUAACAACUGUUAGUGGAAGGAUUUCAAGACAUGAAUCUCAUAGUGGAGUGUUAGUUAUCCCAGAAGAUGUUUCGAUUCAGGAACUAGAUGAUUCCGAAAACAGCAUAUGUGGAAAAUCGAUCGUGGAAGAACUUGGAGUUUCUCUCCAAGAUCCACUCGGUACCUCUAUCGAAAAAAUAGAUCAGACUAGGCAUGUAAGUCCAUCAGUCAACGUGAAUGACCAGUCAGGGGACCUUUUAGGGACGUCUCUCAUUGAGCAACCGGACGAAACUGCAACAAACAUACACUGUCUACCGCCAGAUCUACCUACGUCCACCAUCCAUUCUGGUAGUGAUCUUUACAGCUUUAAUAGUGACGAAGAAAAUGAUUUAUCUUACACCGCCUUCAAAAAGAAAUUGAGUAAAUCCAUGUCAUCAACUCCAAGGAAAAAGUCGAAAAUAAUAGAAAAAGAAGCGGAUUCAUCUCAUAAUCGACUUGAAACCAGCAUUCUGAAUUCAAGUUUCAAAGAGUCUUUGUCCAAAAAGUCUCCACGUAAACCAAAGAAAAGACAACAACACUCAAGGAUGCUCCAAAAAGCCCUCGACACUGUAGAAUCAUGUAUAAGGAAAGGACAGAACUGCAAGUUUCUUUGCCUGGAGGAAUUUGACAAAUCCGACAUCACAGGGCUGAGGGAAAGUUUUUGGACAAAGACAUUUGAAAACAGAGUGGAAUGGUUUUACGAUAAGAUGUCAGAGGCAUCAAAGAAACAGCAUCAGCUAUUUUUUACCACUUUAGGUGGUAAAAAAGUAUGCGCCCAAUGCUUCCGACUACUUCUCCACAUGAGUAGAACAUUUUUCUUUAAGUAUCAAAGAAAGUUCACUCAAGGUCGCGUGUCCGCGGGAAUAAGGAGAGCAAGAAAAAUUGGGAAAAGCAGAGAAAAUGCUAUUCUAUGGAUGGACAACUAUAUUUAUUUCCAUACUGAGCAGAUGCCAGAUUCUCCAAUUCGCCUGCUGCAGUAUAAAUAUAGAAAAAGAAUGGUAUAUGAUGCCUACAUAGAAGAAAUGAUGAAUAGAGAUGAAGUAUCUGUGUCAUUUUCCACCUUUCGAGAAAUAUGGAAAGAAGAAUUUCCAUACCUAAAAAUAAAACAAACAAACACAUUCUCAAUGUGUAGCACAUGCUACACCAUUGAAAAGGAAAUGGAGGGUACACGGAAUAGACAAAAGAGAGAGUAUUUGAAGAAGAUGAUGAGAGUUCAUAAUGAGAGACAAAUGAGGGAAAGACGAUAUUAUUACAGCAAAAGAGAGAAAGCAAAGAAUGCGCCAAAGAAACAUAUGAGUCUUAUCAUCGAUGCAAUGGAUCAAUCAAAAACAAACAUUCCACAUUUUACUGGAAGAAUGCAAAAGGGCAUAGAUCCAACGGCACUUUUGAAGACCCAUAUUCAAGGAGUCAUCAAUCACGGCAAAGGGACAUAUACAUACUAUGUUGACAUCAAUGAGUACUCCCACGAUGCGAAUCUAGUAAUGAAUAUCAUACUGAAAUCAGUAUAUGCAUCAACGGACAAGCAUGGUCGAUUACCAGAGAUAUUAUACAUUCAGGCAGACAACUGUGCUCGCGAAAACAAAAAUAAAUUUGUUCUUGCAUUCUGUGAGCUGUUGGUGAAAUUAAGAGUUUUUCAUGAGGUACACUUGUCGUUCCUGUAUGUAGGACAUACCCAUGAAGACAUCGACGCAAGUUUCUCUGUUAUUGCAGAGAAACUGCGUAAAGAGGAUGCUGAAACUCUUCCUCAGCUACAGAAAAUUUUAAAUGGAGGUAGGAGGGUGCAAGGAUUCUACGAUAUCAAGAACUGGAUCGCCCCUUGCAUCAACCAAAUUCAACAUCAUUCAAAACCCCUCCAUUUCAAAUUUCAAAGUACUGAAAAUUAUGGCGCCAGCGUAUAUUACCGGGAAAACUGCCAGAGAGCUUGGAAAAACCUAACGACCAAUGUUCUGUCUUCUUUACCGAAAGGACAACCCAGUAUUCUUUUACCUCCAAAUUUUAAUAAUAUUAAUAUCGAUGGAUUAAGAAGCAACGUCGAAAAAUAUAAAUUUCAGUUUUCAGACAAAGGUGCAUACAACUGGUGGCUGAAAUUUAUUAAUGAAAUAAAGGAGACAAUGGAAUCCCAAGCCAAGUUAAGAAUGUAUGCAAAGAAGCAGGCAGUGUGGUUACUUCCACUCGUGAAAAAUAAAUCAAGAAGAUAUGAAGAGGAGAUGGAGGAAGUGAAUCCCGUUCUGAUGGAGGCGCUUGACAGAGAAUUAGAUGAACAUUUGGUUGUCGUGAAGGAAACGAAAAGUAAGAAGCAACAGAGAGUUCCGAGGAAAUCUUGAUGGCAUUUAAGCGUGGUAAAGAUAGUUAUAUUGUCCAUAGCAUCGUGAAAGAACAAAUGCAUGUUUUACAUUAUCUCUAUAUCAAAUGCUGGAAAGGUUUUGAGAGAAAUAUUGUUUUUCAAAUGAGUUGCAACAAUGGCCCUUUUUAUCGGAUACAAAUACUGCUAAAAUUUCAUGAACAUAUUUUUCACAAGAUUUUUUUUCAUGAGGCUAAUGUUACGAAACGUAAGAGAGGUGCAUACUUAUAUAAUUCAUUAUCAGUUAUGCAUUAUUCAAAUAGAUGGUACAUUUGAAGAUUUCUUUAUAAUGUAUGACUGUAUAAAUUUAAUGUCAUAAGAAUGCUAUUUUCCUACUUUAAAUCAAUUUCUUAAGCGACGUUACUCUCAGUUCGGUCUUUACAUUGUAAAUACGUAUUUUGUUAUUGAUUUUUAUUGAUUUUUCUUAUUGUUUAAAAAACCUUGUAUUUUAGCUCCUAUUAAAGCGAAAAUCUUUAUGCUCAAGUUUGAGUAACAUUACGCCAUAAAUGUAUUUCUUUGGUAUCUCUUUAAUAUAUGAAAUUUAUUCCAGCAUGCUUAAAUACUUUCUCAUUUCUGUUGGGUUUCUGUGUGAUAUUCAGAGUAACAAUACUCUAUAAAUACCACUGGUCUUUGGUAAGGUAAUGAAGAAAAUAAAAGUACAUGUAUCAAUACCCCAGUAUUACUUUUCUUGUGUCUGUUUCAAAUUUAGGGUAACAUUACUGUUUUAUCAGAGAAUGCUAUUUGUAAGAUUGUUAAUUUUUGCUUCUGAUUUUAAUUCAUUUCUUAGGUAAUAAUAUAUGUUUAAAAUUGUUACUCGUUGCUUAUGAUUUCGAUUUAUUUCUAAGUAAUAAUACAUUUAUUGUCUUAAGAUGAUGUACUAUGUACUUUUGUUCUAAACAUUAAGAUGGUUAUAUAUAUUCUGUUAACUUUUGGUUGAUAUCUGUGGUACCCAUCAUAAAACAAAUUACAUUUGAUAGGCUGUACUGAAUUCUGUAAUUUAUUUGUAACAAAGUACUUAUUUUUAGUCUAAAUACAUACGACAUGUACUUUUUUUUGUGUUUAUAUAAAAGCAUUUUUUUUUCAAAACACAUGAUACCAUAAUGUAACAAAAUGCUGUAAUGUUUGAUAUUCUGCUUUUGUCAAUAUUUGUAGGAAAGUUCCUCGAUAAUUAUAAACGUACCUGGAAUAAUUCUUCAACAAUACAUGUUGAAUUCAUUGUAAUUAACCAUCGUAUUUACAUAUUUCUUUUGUCUCGUCUUGAAGUAAAGGAUAUACGUUGUGUUUAUUCAAUGGAAAUCUUACAUUUUUAAACAGCAAACUUACACAGGUUUUGGAGGAAUGUUACUCUGUAAUUCUUUAACUAUAAUGUCAUAAAGCAUUUAAAUUAUAAAUUUAUAUUUACAUUGAUUUUUGGUAUGAAAACAAUGUUAAGGUUGAAGGACUGUUACUCUGUCUUUCAUAGUGUUAUAUUAUAUUGCAAUUGUUUAGAGGAAUUCUACUCUGCGCAAUUUUUUUGUUGUAGUAGCGUCUCACAGCAUUAAUGCACUUCAAUGUUGAAAUUAAGUCUGCAUCAAAACAAUUGUAAGGUUGAAGGAAUGUUACUCUGUCAAGUUUGUAUGACUUUAGAUCUUGUAACAUUAAUGCACUUCAAUGUUGAAUUUAAGUCUGUAUAAAACCAAUUGUAAGGCUGGAAGAAUGUUACUCUGUCCAAUUUGUAUGACUUUAAGAUCUUAAAGCGUUAAUGUACUUCAAUGUUGAUAUUAGGUUUGGUUAAAAAUUAUUUUAAAGAUGGAGGAAUGUUACUCUGUCCAAUUUGUGUGACUUUAAGAUCUUAAAGCGUUAAUGUACUUCAAUGUUGAUAUUAAGUCUGGUUAUAAACGAUUUUAAAGAUGGAGGAAUGUUACUCUGUCCAGUUUGUAUGACUUAAAGAUCUUAAAGCAUUAAUUGAUGUACUUCAAUGAUGAAAUUAAGUCUGGGUAUAAAAAAUCGUAAGGUUGGAGGAAUGUUACUCUGUCCAGUUAUACAGGUUGACUGAUUGAUCUUAAAGCAUUAAUAUACUUCAAUGUUGUAAUUAAGUCUGGGUAUAAACAAUUGUAAGGUUGGAGGAAUGUUACUCUGUCCAAUUUGUAUGACUGUAAGAUCUUAAAGCAUUAAUGUACUUCAAUGUUGAUAUUAGGUUUGGUUAUAAAUUAUUUUAAAGAUGGAGGAAUGUUACUCUGUCCAAUUUGUGUGACUUUAAGAUCUUCAAGCAUUAAUGUAGUUCAGUAUUGAAUUUACGUCUCUGGAUAUAAACAAUUGUAAGGUUGGAGGAAUGUUACUCUGUCCAGUUGUAUAACUUUAAGACCUUAAAGCCCUAAUGUGUUUCAAUGUUUAAGUCCAAAUAUAAGCAUUUGUAAGGUUGGAGGAAUGUUACUCUGUCAAGUUUGUGUGACUGUUAGAUAUUAAAACAUUAAUGCACUACAGUGUUGAGAUUUAGCCUUGAAAAAACGAUGUUAAGAUCUAUAGGAAUGUUACUCUGUAUUUGGUACAACUGUAAGGCAUAAAGUAUUAUAUUAUAUUUGUUUGGCGGUAUAUUACUCUGUGUAAUUUGUUUAACCGUACAGACUUCAAGCGUUAAUGUAAUUCAAUGUUGAGAUUUAGUCUUGACAAAAACGAGACUUAAAUUUGGAGGGAUAUUAAUCUGUCUUUGGUAGAACUGUAACGUCAAUAAGUAUUAUAUAGUAUUUGUUUGGAGGAAUGUUACUCUGUGUAAUUUUAAAUUUUUUUGUAAGGUCUUACACAAUUAAUGUUCUUCAAUGUUGAAUUUAUGAAAGGUUGGAGGAAUGUUACUCUGUGUAAUUUUAAUUUCUUUGUAAGGUCUUGCACAAUUAAUGUACUUCAAUGUUGAAAUUAUGAAAGGUUGGAGGAAUGUUACUCUGUUCAAUUUGUGGGACUUUAAGAUCUUAAAGUAUCAAUGUACUUCAAUUUUGAAAUUCAUUCUGGAUAUAUAUUUUGUAAGUUUUCUUUGUGAGAAAUUGUAAGUUUGGAGGAAUGUUACUCUGUCCAGUAUGACUUCGAGAUCUUAAAGUAUUAAUGUACUUAAUGUCGAAAUUAAAUCUUGGCUUGAACGAUCUAAAGAUGUAGAGGAAUGUUACUCCUGUAUUUGUUUACGAACCUAAGCAUACACCAUUUCUAGUGCACCUUUGUUGAUAUUGACUUUCUUCACUGUCUCGAGAUGCCUAUGAUAGUAGGAGAAAUCGGAGUAAUCAUGAUUUUAAAGAUUCAUCACAUUAUACUUGUAUUAAUAAUUCAAUUUUCAUUGAAGAUGAUUAGCGAUGUAAUUGAGGAAUGUUACUCUGACUAUUCACAAAAAUAAAAGUCAAAAUACCAAGUUGUAUUGAUAGCAAACAUUUUUGAUUUUUUUAUCAUAUACAGACCUAGUGUGAAAUACUCUUUGUAGGUAAUUUGACUUAAGAAUAAGUCAAACCCAACCGAAAACCCAUAAAAGAGACUAAUAUUUCAGUCUCUUUUUAUUCUGCUGUCCCUUAUAUA